AUGGGACAAAAACGUACCAAAGUGCAAAACGGGCAUAUCAAAAGAAUUACCGAUAAUGAUAUACAGUCCCUUGUUUUAGAGGUCAUGGGCACAAACGUCAGUACUACAUAUAUAUCGUGUCCUGCCGGUCCAAACAAAACUCUAGGGAUCAAACUCCCGUUUCUGGUGAUGAUAGUUAAGAACCUGAAAAAAUACUUCACUUUCGAAAUCAUUGAUGACAAAAAUAUACGGCGUCGCUUCAGAGCUAGUAAUUACCAGAGCACGACACGCGUGAAGCCUUUUAUCUGCACUAUGCCCAUGCGAUUGGACGAAGGCUGGAACCAGAUUCAGUUUAAUCUGUCCGACUUUACUCGUCGUGCAUACGGGACAAAUUAUCUUGAAACACUGCGAGUUCAGAUUCACGCCAACUGCAGAAUUCGAAGAGUGUACUUUUGUGAUCGUCUCUACUCAGAAGACGAGUUGCCAGCGGAGUUCAAGCUCUAUCUCCCAAUUAAGAACAAGCAGACGGCAUCUGUAUCUUGA